ACUCAAUACUUUACGGAAGCCUUUUAGAGUUUUCCGCCGAUUUUUAAACUCUUUAACUACUCGAAAAAUAGAAAACAAAUCAUUCACCGAGCAGCUAACUGAGGAAGCAGAUGAAUUUAUAUUUUCUAGCUCAAAAUGUUGGCAACCUUCCAGAGAUGAACUCUCUCAACGAUGCCCAUCACCCCAAGAUUCCUAUAUUAGCACUUCCUCAAAUUUCAGCACUGUUUCCGAAAAAACUUCCAGUUUUGGCAUCCCAGAGGUUCUCAGCAAGAGUGAACAUUUCACAAAAAGCCAAAAGAUGAUGACGUAUCCAUGCCUGAAGUCUGUGCUCGUUAACUUCGAUCCAAAUUUGAGUGCUCUUGUGCCCCAUAGUCUAUACGGCAAACCGGCAAAUCGGCAAAGUGCCGGAAUUGAAAAUUUUCGGCAAAUCGGCAAAAUGGCAACUUCCAGAAUCGAGCUUUCUCUACGAUGCCCAUCACUUCGAUCAAUCAACCAAAGCACCCCUUUAGAAAUCGAAACGCUUUCCGUGAAUUUUUCGGGUUUAAUAAUCAACUCACACAAAUAUUACCUCCAAAUUGUGGAAAUCAACACAAACGACGUGUAUAUCAAAAGUGGAGAGCUCCAUGGAAAAAAGCUGCCGCACCAACUCCGACCAUUCACGAACUGCAGCCCAGGCACAUAUAUUGGGUUUGAAAAUGAUACCGACAGUAUCGAAUGGGCCACUAGUUCCAAAGAUCGAAAGGAAGCGGUUGCCUAUCUAUACGAAAGAGUGCUGGGGAACCGGAAUAUCCCAAUCAAAGUGAGCAAGUUGGAUAUCAAUAGUAACACUGUAUAUUUGGAGGGCCUGAGGAAUCUGAAGCUCAGCGUGAGUGAGCUGGAACUUGAUGACUAUACUGGGAGAACACAAUUGCUGAGCUCAAUAGCUCUAUACCUUGAUCCAUCAAACUUCCCAUUAAAGUGUCUCAGACUUCCAAAGUUUUUGAUGGGGUGGGAAAAAGACGGUAUGCUAAACCAUCAAGUUAUCCAGACAGCAAAAUUGCUGACAAUUAACGGGUUCCCCCAAUAUAUUCACAAAAUUUCAACUCGAAUAGUUAGAGUUCACCUAGACCUCAUAAAGUCAAAUUGGGAUAUUAGCUUCAUAUCCGAAAAGCUGAUUAAAUUGAUCGAUCACUGGUUGGACAUUGGCAAGGAAGUUGGGACUAGGUUCUCAUUUGUUUGGAGCGCUACAAGGAUGAAUGCAGCACGUGAUAUCUGGAAGGCCAUACGGGAUAAAUUUAUUUUCCGAAUUAGAGAAACUCAAAGAACGGAUGAUUGUUUCGAGCCGCUCAAAAUUCCAUCACGCUUCUAUUCAGAAACCUGGGUCAGUAUUAGAAGAGGAUCUGGUUACGAGUGGAUUUGCAACCUUGAAGUUCGAAGUCUGUAAUAGUUUUUUUUUAAUUAUUUUUUUAAAAUCUCCUGAUUGAAUAAAAUUGCUAUCC